AGAAUGAUAAUUUGCCUCAAACACACAGCAUGAAAAAAAUCCAGGAAGGUCCGGUUUACGCAAAUAUAUUUUGGGUUUUCAAGGAGGAGAGUAAUAAGUUGUUGCAGCAGUGAGGUCACCGAUCUUCUCUGUCCUGCUACUCCACUGACCUCGGACCAGCUGAAUGUUGAGUGUGCGCACGCUGUUUGGCGUCCUGGUGACCUCACGGGCCGUGUCAGUCUUAGGCCUAGCUGGGAAAUGCUCUGCUUCACUGGCUAACAACCACCAGAGAGAGUGUAUCAGCAGCAGAUCAGUGUCCAGCAUGUCUCAUCCCAUCAAGUAUCUCGGGCAGGAGGAGGCCCAGCGCAUCGACGAGGAGCUCUUCAGUGAGUACGGCUUCAGUGUGGACCAGCUGAUGGAGCUGGCUGGUCUUAGCUGCGCCACUGCGGUCACCAGGGCGUACCCGCUGACCUCGCUGGUCAAACAGAGACCCACAUUGCUGGUGAUCUGUGGACCCGGGAACAACGGGGGCGACGGUCUGGUCUGCGCCCGACACCUCAAACUCUUCGGUUACGAACCCACCAUUCUGUACCCGAAAAGACCCAACAAGCCGCUGUUCCAGGGUCUGACCACACAGUGUGAGAAGAUGGAGAUCCCCUUCCUGACUGAGACGCCUGAGGCUCGAGUCAUCGACGAGGCCUACAACCUGGUAAUAGACGCCGUUUUCGGCUUCAGUUUCAAAGGGGCGGUACGAGAACCAUUUGGUGCCAUCAUAGAUGCCCUGAAGAAGACCACGGUGCCCAUCGCCAGCAUCGACAUCCCAUCAGGUUGGGAUGUGGAGCAAGGCAGCUCAGAUGGACUCCAGCCUGACAUGCUCAUCUCUCUGACUGCCCCCAAGAAGUCAGCCUCUCUCUUCCGUGGACGGUACCACUUCCUGGGCGGCCGUUUUGUUCCCCCCAGCCUAGAGAGGAAGUACAGUCUCAACCUGCCCCAGUAUCCCGGCACCGACUGCGUCUUGCAGCUGUAGCAACCCAACCCUAGGCCCCUCCUGGGUCCAAUAAAGCAAACAUCACCGUCA